UCAGUUGGGUGUCUCCUUUCUCUUCCACUGCUGCUCCUUCAGCGCCGAGGAGGGACGAGCAUCUGCAGAGGAGCGGGAAAAAAAAAGUUUGGGGAAAAGUCCCGCUUGAGAGCGCAGCUCCUUCGCUCCUGCUUCCCCGACGCUGCGCGCGCGCGCCUUUCCGCGCAGGUUCUGUUCCUCCAGGCAAGUCCACCUAUUGCCCAGGGAACGUCUUAAAAACGACACCCCCCGCUCCAAAGGUUUGUUGAUGUUGUAUGUAAGCAGUGGGAGGAAUGAAGACCCUGAACUGGUUUGUCUUUGGAUUCAUAGCUGUGUCUCUCCAACUGAGUGAUCGCGUGUGGGGUCAAGUGGCUCCACCAUCAAGAUUAAGAUAUACGGUUAUUGGUCCUGACAGUAUUCAGAUUUCAUGGAAAGCCCCUAAAGGGAAGUUUGAUGGAUAUAAACUUCUCAUCACUCCUAGUUCAGGAGGGAAGACAAAUGAGCUCACUCUUCAGAACAAUGCAAACAAAGCAAUUAUUCAAGGUCUCAUCCCUGACCAGAGCUACAUCGUUCAGAUAGUGGCAUUUGCUCAAGAUCAGGAGAGCAAAGCAGCGCAAGGCCAAUUCCGAAUUAAAGAUCUAGAGAAAAAGAAGGACACUUCAGGGAAACCAAAACCUAAGGAUUUGGAUAAAUUGAAGCCUGCUGUCCCAACAGAGGAUACAGACUUGAUGCCUCUUCCAAAACCGCAAGAAAACCAAUUUAAAUGCAAGACUCCAGCCUUUGCAGACAUUGUUAUCUUGAUUGAUGGGUCCUGGAGUAUCGGCAGAUUCAACUUUAGGCUUGUGCGUCUUUUCCUGGAAAAUCUGGUCACUGCCUUCAAUGUGGAUUCUGAAAAAACAAGAAUAGGCCUGGCACAGUACAGCGGUGAUCCCAGGAUAGAAUGGCAUCUGAAUACCUACAACACAAAAGAGACUGUCUUAGAUGCUGUGCGGAACCUCCCGUACAAGGGUGGAAAUACCUUAACAGGCCUCGCCUUAACUUUUAUUUUGGAAAACAACUUUAAGCCAGAUGCAGGUUCAAGACCUGGAGUUCCCAAAAUUGGCAUAUUGAUCACUGAUGGGAAAUCUCAAGAUGAUGUCAUUCCUCCUGCAAAAAACCUGAGAGAUGCUGGCAUUGAACUGUUUGCUAUAGGUGUAAAGAAUGCUGAUGAAAAUGAACUCAGGGAGAUUGCCUCAGAACCACACAGCACUCAUGUCUACAAUGUUGCUGACUUCAGUUUAAUGAACUCCAUUGUGGAAGAACUGACAAAGACUGUGUGCUUGAGAGUUGAAGAACAAGAAAAAGAAAUUAAAGGAGCAUUGGUUGCCACACUUGGAGCACCUACAGAUUUGGUCACAUCUGAGGUGACAGCCAGAGGAUUCCGUGUGAGUUGGACUCAUGCACCAGGCAAGGUGGAAAAGUACCGAGUUGUCUAUUAUCCCACCAAAGGAGGGCAACCAGAAGAGGUGGUGGUAGAUGGAACGGUUUCAACAGCAGUAUUGAAAAACUUGAUGUCUCUAACUGAGUAUCAGAUUGCUGUGUUUGCCAUCUAUGUUAGUUUUGCCAGUGAAGGCCUCAGGGGUACCGAAACAACACUUGCAUUGCCAAUGGCGUCAGAUCUGGAGUUGUAUGAUGUCUCACACAACAGUAUGAAAGCAAAGUGGAGUUCAGUCGCAGGUGCAACUGGCUAUAUGAUUCUGUAUGCGCCCCUCACUGAUGGGUUAGCAGCAGAUGAAAAGGAGAUGAAAAUUGGAGUGAGCUCAACACAUGUUGAACUUGAGGGUCUGCUGCCCAACACAGAAUACACAGUCACGGUUUAUGCAUUGUUUGGAGAAGAAGCCAGCGAUCCUCUUACAGGACAAGAAACAACAUUGCCUUUAAGUCCACCACGAAAUUUGAAGUUUUCGAAUGUGGAUCACAGCUCAGCUAAAAUAUCAUGGGAUCCUGCUUCCCAAAAGGUCAAAGGCUAUCGCAUUAUGUACGUUAAGACAGAUGGGACCGAAACCAAUGAGGAAGAAGUUGGUCGAGUGUCAGCACAUACUUUGAAGAGCUUGACAUCUCUUACUGAAUAUACUGUAGCUGUUUUCUCCCUCUAUAGUGAGGGUCAGUCUGAGCCACUCACAGGCAGCUUUACCACAAAGAAAGUUCCAUCACCUCAAUUUUUGGAAAUCGAUGAAGUCUCUACUGAUAGUUUAACAGUAAGCUGGAAGCCCCCAUCUUUUGAUGUAGCUCUUUACCGUCUAGCAUGGAUUCCAUUGGCUGGCGAAGAAGCUGAUGAGAUCAUCUUAAGUGGAGAAGUGGACACCUAUGAGAUUGAAGGCUUGCUACCCAAUAUGGAGUAUGAGGUGUCAUUGGUGGCCCUCUUUGAUGACGAAAGUGAAAGUGAUGUCGUUGCUGUACUUGGGAGCACACUGGAAAUACUGACUACUGAAUUAACUACCAUAACCACAACAAGUACCACUACUACUCAGCCUACAACAGCAGUCUUUCGGACAGGAAUAAAAAAUCUCAUGGUUGAAGAUGAAACUACCUCAAGUUUGAGAGUGAAAUGGGACAUUACGGACCUCGGAGUUUCCCAGUUCAGGGUGACCUACCUGAUGGCUGAUGGUGGUCGUGGGGAGGAAACGGUUACAGUCCCUGCAAGGCAAAACAAUUUGCUUCUUCAGCCUUUGCUCCCAGACACUGAAUAUAAAAUUAUGGUCACCCCGAUCUAUUCUGAUGGAGAAGGAGUCAGUUUGUCAGCUCCUGGAAAAACUUUGCCUCUUUCUCCUCCACAAAAUCUGAAGGUCUCUGAUGAAUGGUACAAUCGAUUAAGGAUUAGCUGGGAAGCCCCUCGAUCUCCCACAAUGGGGUACAGGAUUGUAUAUAAACCUGUGAAUGUCUCUGGACCAGCACUUGAAACCUUUGUGGGUGAUGAUAUCAACACUAUCCUUAUCUUGAAUUUGCUUAGUGGAACAGAAUACAAUGUUAAAGUAUUUGCUUCAUACUCUACAGGAUUUAGUGAAGCCUUAACAGAUGUUGCCAAAACAUUGUAUUUGGGUGUGACAAACCUAGGAGCUUAUCAAACACGAAUGACAAGUUUAUGUGUUCAGUGGCAGCCCCACAGACAUGCGACUGCUUACCGAGUUGUAAUAGAAUCUCUUACUGAUGGGGUGAAAGAAGAAGAACUGCUAGGUUGGGGGACUUCUAGGCAUUGCUUCUUUGACCUCUUUCCUGGCACAAAAUAUAAUAUCAGUAUUUAUGCACAAGUUCAGGAAAUAGAAGGGCCUGCUGUCAGUAUAAGAGAGACAACGUUGCCAUAUCCAACUGAACCACCACCAACUCCUCCAACCACCACUCCACAGCCUACGAUUCCUCCAGCAAAGGAAGUUUGCAAAGCUGCAAAGGCUGACCUGGUGUUUUUGGUGGAUGGGUCUUGGAGUAUUGGAGAUGAAAAUUUCAACAAAAUAAUUGGCUUUCUAUAUAGCACUGUUGGUGCUCUUGACAAGAUUGGUCCUGAUGGAACUCAGGUGGCAAUUGCUCAGUUCAGUGAUGAUCCAAGGACAGAAUUUAAACUGAAUGCCUACAGAACCAAAGAAACUCUAUUGGAUGCCAUUAAGCACAUAGCAUACAAAGGGGGAAACACCAAAACAGGCAGAGCAAUUAAACACGCACAACAGAUCUUAUUUACUUUGGAGUCUGGAACCAGGAAGGGGAUCCCAAAAGUUUUAGUAGUGAUCACAGAUGGGCGGUCUCAAGAUGAUGUGAACCAAGUUUCUAGAGAGAUGCAACUAGACGGGUUUAGUAUAUUUGCCAUUGGAGUAGCAGAUGCUGAUUACUCAGAAUUGGUUAACAUUGGCAGCAAGCCUAGCGAAAGACAUGUUUUCUUUGUGGAUGACUUUGAUGCCUUUAAGAAGAUUGAAGAUGAAUUGAUCACUUUUGUCUGUGAAACAGCCUCUGCAACUUGUCCAUUGGUGUAUAAAGAUGGCAAUAGUUUAGCAGGAUUUAAAAUGAUGGAGAUGUUUGGCCUGGUUGAAAAAGAGUUUGCAGCUGUAGAAGGGGUGUCUAUGGAACCUGGAACGUUUAAUUCCUACCACUGUUAUGGACUGCAUAAGGAUGCCUUGGUUUCUCAGCCAACCAAAUAUUUACACCCAGAGGGUCUCCCGUCAGAUUACACCAUUACUUUUCUCUUCCGCAUCCUUCCUGAAACACCCCUGGAACCAUUUGCUCUGUGGGAGAUUUUAAAUGAAAGCUAUGAGCCAUUGGUUGGAGUUAUUUUGGAUAAUGAUGGCAAAACCUUGACUUUCUUCAAUUAUGACUACAAAGGAGAAUUCCAGACUGUAACCUUUGAAGGGCCUGAUAUAAAGAAAAUAUUUUAUGGAAGUUUCCAUAAGCUGCAUAUUGUUAUCAGCAAAACAACAGCUAAAGUAGUGAUUGAUUGCAAGGAAGUGGGUGAGAAGAUGAUCAAUGCAGCAGGAAAUGUCACUUCUGAUGGGAUUGAAGUACUGGGAAGGAUGGUUCGAUCAAGAGGACCAAGGGACAGUUCUGCACCAUUCCAGCUGCAGAUGUUUGAUAUUGUUUGUACUACUUCAUGGGCCAAUAGAGAUAAAUGCUGUGAACUUCCAGCAUUGAGAGAUGAAGAAAGCUGCCCUACCCUUCCACAUUCUUGCUCCUGCUCUGAAGUCAGCAAAGGAUCUCCUGGGCCACCAGGACCACCUGGUGGUCCAGGUCUCCGGGGUCCCAAAGGUAGCCGUGGUGAAGAUGGUCCAAAGGGACCAGAUGGACCUCGAGGUGGAAUUGGUGCUCCAGGUCCUCAAGGGCCUCCUGGACCUCAGGGGCCAAGCGGACUUUCUAUUGAAGGACCUCCAGGACCAACUGGAGAAAAAGGAGAAAGGGGAGAAACUGGUCGUCCAGGCCUUCAGGGUGUUCCAGGACCAACCGGAUCACCGGGACGAGAUGGAAGCCAAGGGCAAAGGGGCCUGACAGGCAAAGAUGGGCCAACGGGACCCCCAGGACCCCCAGGACCUGUGGGAAUACCUGGUGCUCCAGGUGUCCCAGGAAUUACGGGUAAUGUCGGCCCACAAGGAGAUGCUGGACCACCUGGACUUCCUGGAGCAAAAGGCGAAAAAGGUGAACGUGGAGAUCUUCAGUCCCAUGCAAUGGUACGGGCAGUAGCUCGUCAGGUGUGUGAACAGCUUAUCCAAGGUCAUCUGGCUAGAUACAGUUCAAUCUUAAAUCAGAUCCCAAGCAACUCAGUCUCAACACGUACUAUCCCGGGGCCCCCUGGUGAACCAGGACGGCAAGGAUUACCUGGACCACAGGGAGAGCAAGGGUCUCCAGGAAGCCCAGGUUUUCCUGGCAAUCCUGGUCAGCCUGGAACACCAGGAGAAAGAGGCUCACCGGGAGAAAAGGGAGAACGAGGUAACCCAGGUGUUGGAACACAAGGCCCCCGAGGCCCUCCAGGACCAGCAGGACCUCCAGGUGAGAGUCGAACUGGCACUCCAGGUCCUCCUGGGUCACCAGGUCCCAGAGGAACAGCAGGUCGCACAGGUCCUCCUGGGGCACAGGGAACACCUGGACAGCCAGGGUACUGCGAUCCUUCUUCUUGUGGUGGUUACGGAACAGGUGGUGAAUAUGGGGAUCCAACUGAUCAAGAUAUUCCAGUUGUGCCAUUAUCCCAUAAUGCCUACCAGAUCUAUGAUUCUGAGGAUCUUUAUGAAGAUGAGCAACAGCCCUAUCUUGUUCAUGGAUCCUACACUCAUCCUCAUUCCUCCUACCCAGUACCUCACAUUGCACAACCAGAGUUCACACCAGUUGAUGAAGAAAUGGAGGCUGCUGAAUUGCGAUCUCCUGGAAUAAGCCGCUUUACAAGGAGAAUCUCCAAAAGAAGCAUCAGCUUUCCAAAACGCAAUCGGGCAAUUAAAAAAACCUCACAAUGAACUUUUAUAUUCUUUGUGUACAUUACCUACGCUAAUGUUUAGGCCUUUGUCCAGUUGCCUAAAUGUUGUCAUGGAAACUGUUUGCAAGCAUAUAUAUUAAAGGAAAAAUUAUAUUGUACAUGACCAUUUUGACAAGAAAGAGCUAAUUACAUUGCAUGCCAGAAAUUAUUAACAGUAUAAUGGUUUAUUGUUAGGUGGAAACUCCAAAAGAUGUAUUUGUAGAUCUCUUAGUUAUGUUAUGAUUAUGGUUCAAUGCACAUUUCAAAACACUGCAAUACUAGAUGGUAAAUUUGAAUUAAAUCAAGGAGAGUUCUUCUAUAAUCCCUUUCUUUCUGAUUUUUUGUCUAAAUUUUAAUUAUGUACUUCCCUCACAAAGUAAACCUACUAAAGCUAUCUGAGGUCUCUGAAGUUUUAAAAAAAUUAUCCAUAUAAAGAUAUAUAUGAAGUGGGGGGUUUUCAUCCCACAGCAUACCUAUAAAAUGAAUACCUGUUGGAAAUGCACCAAUAAUUUAUUGUGGGUAUAUUACUACUCUGUUUUCUGUUAUACAAAUAAAUGUGGCAAACUUUUAUAAAUAUUUUUUCUACUGUACUGAUUUUAAGAGAGCAGAGUUUCAAUAUAAAUAUGAAUCAGGGAUAUGUAAAAGCUUAGUCUGAUCCAGUUAACCCUGCAAUUUCAACUUCAACAAUGCUGCUCUUUAUCAGUCUAGUUAGCAAAGUCCUGCUUAUGUCAAGGGACUUGGAUACCCUCAUCUUUCCUGCAAGUCAAAAAUCUACUCUGCCAAGUACAAUUGAAUUGAAGAUCAUUGCAUAAGGGCCAUAUUUGUUCAUGGUCUGCCUAUUCAUUCCAGCACUAUCACCACAUAUCAGCAUCUAAUUCCUCACAUUUCUCUAUAAUUAGGUUAAAAAAUGUUGCAUGAGUGAGACCAGCACAAUAUAAUUUUCCCCAAUGUUAAUUCCUGUUUAAAAAUUGUUGGAAUGGUAUAGGAUAACCCAUUUUGAUUAUGCUCAAUGCCAUGAUGUAUGCAACUUCUUAGUAUUCUUUGCCAGAAGAUGUUGAAUUCUCAGGCCUCAGCAUGCUAGAGAAAUUAAGUGAAAGAUGGCCUUUCUUCUGGAUAUUUGUAUUCAUCAUGCCACAAUGUUGCUCCUUAUGAGUCAGAAAUUGUUUUGAUAUGAAGCCACUGAGUGAACACAUUUUGAAAGCACUUUGAUUGCAACUCAUUAUCUAAUUCAAUAUAAUAAACAGUUUUCCUUAAAUAUUUCCAAACCUACAACUUGAAGUAGCAUUGAAGGAUGCAAACCUCAUUGGACUUUAGACAAUCAUUUUCAUUUUGCUUGCAAGAUCUCUCUUACCAGGCUCUAGCUUGAUAUUACACAAAUGGAUUGAAUAACUUUUUUAUCCCCUGAUGCCACAGAUCUUUUUUAAAACAUACUGUUUAGACAAGAACUAAUGCAAAUCUGGAAUGUUUGAUUUUACCUUAGUAGCUAUUUAAGCUCUUUUAUCAAUCAUUAUUCAUCUCUGUUUGCUCAGUAAUAUGUAAUAUAUCCUAAGACUGAAGACUAAGAAUGACAGGUAAUUUUAUCAGCAAUACAAGCAAACUUCAUAAAUUAUUGGUAUGACAAUUAAUUUUUAGAGAACCAUUGAGUCAGUGGAGGAAGCAUUUAAAUCUGGAUUAUUCAGUGAAACACUGAAUUCUGAAUAACAGUGGUAUAUGUUCACAACACAUGAUACAAACAAGGGAUAGCAUACAGUACUUCUAUACCCAUUGCAACUGAUUUUUACAGUGUUGCAACUGAGUAAUCAUUACUAAUUAUACUCAUUACUUGCAGUCAUUACUAACUAUACUCACGUUAUGAAAUAACUGCACUAUUUAAAGAGAAAAAAAAUUAUCCCUCUAAUUCUUUCUAAUGACAAUUCACUGUCAAUGCUAAUUUAAUUAGCUUUAAAUGUUUUAGUGUUUAUAGGCAUGCCAAAAAUAGUAAUAGGGACAUGGAUUGUUUCAAGAUUUCUUCCAAACUCUAGUAAUGUUUAGAUCCUAGAAAACUUACAGAUUGUGCCAGAUGUUCCUAUAAAUUAGAAUAAUUAUGAUGCAUUUAAGUGCAGGAGGAACAGUAAAAGUAUCUACAUUCUCAAUUCAGGCAGAAGUUUUGCCCUAUCAGCUGUGCAUUUCUAACCAGAUGUGCAUACAUCUUCUAGGGGGACUACAAUGGCUCUUCCCUUUGGCAACUUGAAAGGGCACUUUUGCCUCUCUGCCACUAUGUACCUGGUUAUUGCUUUGUGGCUUUCUGAAUUUUUUUGCUUUUAAUAUUUUAAUUGAAGGUAUGCCACUUUGGGGACCCAUGGUUGACAAGCAGCUUGUAAAACAAACUUGCUUAUAAAAUAAACAGCAAUGCUAGACAUUGACAUCUAAGUACAGCCAGAAAAGGACAUGAAAUCCAAGUAUUGCUCAUUUUCCUUCUGACUGAAGGGGAUAACAGAACAUUGUUAGCAUGUGCAUAAUUAAUCAGUGCAAUUCAUUAUCAUAAGAUGUAUAGUUAUGACCACUAACUUGGAUGUUGUGAAAAAAAGAUGUGAUCAAUUCAUGGAGGAAGCAUGAAUUGUUUAGGACAUAGGAGUUAUCAUGGGGUCAUCUGUUUAGGACAUGGGGACUGAGUGCUGCUAACACAACAGUAACUCAAUAGAGUUGUCAAUAGAGUUAUUUUAUGUUAGCACUACACAUUCCUGUGGUCUAAAUGGAUGACUGCAGGUGGUGAAAUUGAGGGUGGCAGUUAUCUAUUAUAGCACUGAAUAUAAGCUCAGUCUUCCAAAAGGGAAGAGCUGCUAACAUGGCGCCUGAAAUUAAAGGUGAGAUCACUGGUUAGCUCCAGCCUUCAGCAGGAACAUGAAACCUAACAGCUUGCUCAAAUAUUUUAUAUAUACUGGAGUAAGCAUGACAUAAAAGAAGUUCAUCCAAAGGCCAGGAGGAUAUAUGGAGAUAAAAUAUACACAUUAUUUUCAGGAAAACAUUGUUUAUUACUUAUUUAUUUCAGCUGUUUAUUGAUCUCCCUCCCACCAAAAAGGGGGAUAUAAAAAAAAGAAAAAAUGUACCAACUACAGUCUAAGCUUUGCAUCUUAUUAAAGAUUUUUUAAAAAUCAGUAAUACAUAAAAAAAUAAUUUAAAGCAGGUAAAUUUAAUGUUUAUGCAAAUAGCCAUACUGUGAAGUUCUGGGAGGUUCCUGACUUUGCAAAGUCAGAUUUUAGGUAGGCUUCUCUUCUGAUUCUUUUACAUUCUUCCUAUUACGUUGGUCGAAAGUCUUCAGGGCUGUAAACAAAAGCAUGACAAUUCAUUAAUUGGGAUAUUUUGUCAAAUAAAUGCAAGAAUCAGAAAUAGGCUAAUUUUAUGCUACCAUCACAGUAUUAAACUGUAUCUAAUUUAAUAGCUCAAUUUCUAUCAUCAUAAGGACAUAAGAGGGAAAAUACAUUUGAUAACUUGGUGACUAAUCAUUUGGUAUUAGAAGUUGAUAGCUAUUAAUGGAGAGAUAUAAUUAAUGUCCAACAACUACUGCUGUUCAACAAACUAAAAUAAAAGGCACAUAUUGAAUUAUGUAGUCUUCCAUUCAAAAUCUGAACUAGGCACAAAAAAGUUGAAUUGUGGACAACAUGCAAAGCAAGAAACAGUUCUAAUAAGUCUGCAAUUCCCAUGACCCCACUGAGCUUGGAGUUCUGGUUAGCAGAUGGUAAUUUCUGAAAUUGGCAACAGCAUCAUAUAACUGACAAAAAACAGUGAAGAAAGACUGCACAGAUUAACUCAUCACUGUACCACACAGAUUUACCAAAGAUCUGGAGCCCAGACUUUGUCACUUAUCUCUAAAGAAUAACCACAUGGAUGAUAUGGUUACAAUAGCAUUUUUAUUGUAGUAGUCUGUAAUGGUAUGUGGGAAUGACCUUGGGAGACUGGCCCCAGAGACACUGCCU